UCAUGUAAUUUUUUGCAGAGGAAGAAACCUUGUUAGGAUCAAUUGUUUCUAGCUUAUAACCAAAGUAUUAAAUAAUAUAUAGUAUAGAAAAGCUGAAACAUAAAAGAAUUGGGGAAUAUUUGCAAUCCUAUUUAUGUCUGGACUUAUUCUUAUCAUAAUAUCUAUACCAUUUGCCUCCUUUCUAAUACUCAAUCCUAAACCAUUUUGUUUACUCUUUUCAGCUGGCUCCUUUAUUAUUUUGUUAUCCAUGCUUUAAAUCAUUGAACUCAAAACGCUAUUUAAUAAAAUUUCUUCCUCUGCUGCUACAUUGCUUUAUCUUGUAUCUCUAAUAGCUUGUUUAUAUACAGGAAUGUUCUAUAUGGGAUAUUUUUACACUCUAGGAUUAUUAUCACUUCAAGUAAAAAUCUUCAUUAAAUUAAGAUUGCAUCUUUAAUAUAUUUGACAGUAUCCCUAUUUCCUGGAGGAAAAACAGGUAUGCAUGCUGCAUUCAAUUUAUUAAAGAAUCAACUCAAAGGAAUAUUCUUAAAAAAAACCUUUUUACCAUUGUGA